AUGCGGUUGGAGACGUUGCUUAUGGCCAUCGGGCUAUUCGCCAUCACCUCGGCCCAUCCUAGAGGCCGAGGUCCUCGCCGCCCUCGCUGGGGAAAUAUGACGACCGACGAGGUGGUGGAGUUCAAAAAGUCUCUGCGCCGGACGAACGUUGACCGCUUCCACAACGCUCUCGAGAAAUUCCGCGAAUCGAAGAGCAUGUCGCAGAGUGACAGCGAUAUCAAGGAGUUCAAUGAACGGAUUAAGAAAAUUGGGCAGAAGACGCGCUCAAAAUCGUUCCGGAAGCUGGGGAAUAAUGUGGCCGAAGUGAAUGAGAAUGUUGGGGUGGCCGAGAAUUUGUACAAGGGAGAUAUGGCAUUGACGGAUGAACAAGUCCAAAUUUUGCUUGGAGAUUUUGUGGAUGAGGCGACGACGGAAACAACUCAAACAACGGAUUCUGAGUCGAAACGUGAGAGACGUCAAGCGUACGUCGACCGGAAGUACCCAUCGACCAUCUGGGGCAAAACUUUCUACUAUUAUUUUGAUUCAUCCCUCUCGGCUGCCGGAAAAACAGCCGCCCAGUUGGCCAUCGCCUUCUGGCAGAACUCGACAUGCAUCAAUUUUGUUCAGAGCACUACGGCAAAGAAUCGCGUCCGUUUCUUCAAAGGUUCCGGUUGCUAUUCGUACAUAGGCAUGAUCGGAGGCGUGCAAAACCUAUCGCUUGGUGCCGGCUGUGAAUCGUUUGGAACGGCAGCCCACGAGAUCGGCCAUGCCCUCGGCUUCUUCCACACACAAUCGAGACUCGAUCGGGAUGCGGCAAUUAAGGUCAACAUCGCGAAUGUAAAGAACGGAUGGGCAGACCAGUUUGAUAAGGAAACGACAAGUACAAACUACAACUAUGGGAUGCCCUACGAUUACGGUAGCGUGAUGCACUAUGGUGGCGAAUCGGUGUCGAGCAAUGGGAAGCCGACCAUCGUAGCAAAGGUCGCGCCAUAUCAAGACACGAUGGGCUCAGACUUUGUUUCCUUCUAUGAUAUUUCGAUGAUGAACGAGCACUAUAACUGCAAAGCCACCUGCACGACGGGAGCAACGUGCCUGAACGGAGGCUUCAGAAAUUCACGAAGUUGCAGCACCUGUAUCUGCCCGACUGGAUGGGGAGGAGCCACCUGUAAUCAAAGGACAUCCGGUUGUGGGGCCGAACUCACUGCCACCGCUACAGUCAAAGACCAAGUAGUGACGGUGGGAGAUGGAACGCGACAGGAAAGAACCACCGCCGCCACUUGUAUCUAUCACAUCAAGGCCCCAACCGGGAUGAAGGUCGAGCUGACGCUGAUCAACAUGCUCUACCAACAAUGCUUUGAUGGAUGUGUAUUCACCGGGGUAGAGGUGAAAGCAUCGAAGGAUCAUCGUUACACCGGCAUGAGAUACUGCUGCAAGGAGAACAGCGGCAAGAAGAUCGUUUCUGAAGGCAAUAUCGUGCCGGUCUUGAUCUACAAUCGAUACUAUAAAACUGGCGUCACGUUGCGUUACAGAUACGUCCCGGCCACCACAGCCUCAACGGUCAUGAUCAGCCAGAUUGCCGGCUCCCGCGCAACAUAC